AUGUCGGAUGAAAUCAUUUGGCAAGUCAUAAAUCAGCACUUCUGCGCUUACAAACUGAAGACAGAUAAAGGUCAGAAUUUCUGCAGAAAUGAGUACAACGUAACUGGGCUGUGUAACAGACAGUCAUGUCCGUUGGCAAACGCCAAGUAUGCCACUGUGAAAAAUGUGGAUGGAAGACUGUACCUUUACAUGAAGACCGCGGAAAGAGCACACACUCCAGCAAAAAUGUGGGAAAGAAUAAGGCUUUCUAAGAACUAUGCGAAGGCUCUGAAACAAGUUGAUGACCACUUACUUUACUGGAACAAAUUCCUAAUUCACAAGUGUAAGCAGAGGCUAACGAGACUCACACAAGUGGCAGUUACGGAGAGGCGUAUGGAACUGAGGGAAGAAGAGCGACACUACGUGGGUAUUGCUCCUAAGGUCAAGAGAAGAGAUGAAAACCGUGAGCGUAAAGCAUUGGCUGCCGCCAAAAUUGAGAAGGCCAUUGAAAAGGAAUUGCUUGACAGACUCAAGAGUGGCGCUUAUGGUGACAAGCCCUUGAACGUGGAUGAAAAGAUUUGGAGGAAAGUUCUUGGCCAUGUGGAGGACGAGCAGGAAGAUGAUGAGGAGGAGUACGAUGAUGAAGAAGAGGACGAAAGUGACGCAGAGAUUGAAUACGUCGAGGAUGACGGAGACGAAGAGCUGGUGGACGUGGAGGACAUAGAGAGAUGGCUCGAUGACCCCGAGGCUUCCGACUCCGAUUCCUUCGAAGAAGACGAAAUGAGCGAUAGCAGCGAGGAUGAGCCAGAAAGCGGAUUUACAUCUGGAAAAGGAAAGAAGGGAACUUCAGCUGCCAGGAAGAAACGUCCAAGAGUUGAAAUCGAAUAUGAGGAAGAGACCCAGCCGGCACACCGCGAAUUGGCCCAUUGA